AUGGGGACAACACUAGGCCCCUGGGAAUGGAUGUGUACCUGCUGCAAAACCACAUGUGGCCUAUGCCGGCGUGCCUGCCCCUGCGCCUGUUCCUGCAACUGUCCUUGCUCCUGCAAGUGCCCCUGCAAGCGCAAGUGCCCCUGCGACUGCCCCUGCGACUGCCCCUGCGACUGCCCGCGGGACUGCGACUGCCCUCGCGACUGCCCCUGUGACUGCUCCCGCGAUUGCUUGUCAAACCUGUGCCCUGAAGAAGUGAAGGUCGAGGAAGUGAGCGCCGAGGAUUACAUUGACGAGGACAAAAAGGAGGUGAGAGCCCAACUCCGAGAGGACAACGCGGUGAAAUCUUCUCUGAGGAGCUGUGGCGCCUUCACCUUUGGGUUGAUUCUCACCGCCAUGUAUGCGGCCAUCGUCCUCUUUGUGAAGAACUAUAGCCUGAAGUACUGCAUCGUGUCCUCAGUGGUCAUCUGCAUCCUCCUCACCCUCGGCAUGGCCUUCUUCAUGAAGAUGCGGGUCACAGUGUUCCUUAUGCUGCCCCAGCUCUUCUCAAUUGAGGGCAAGACCAUCGUGCUCCUGGUCGCCUUCUCGCUGGCCUUACAGGGACCUGCAGCCAACACCUUGGAGAAUUUCCGGCGCUCAUCUGAGUCCGUGUCCUGCGGCGUGGAACUGGCCAUGAACCAGACCAAGGAGCUCCUGGAAAAAGUUAAAAGGCCGUUAGUGAGUGCGCUGGAUAUUCUGAGGAACAUCGGCCAGAGGCUGAAAGGAGUGGCCGAUCGGGCCAGAAAGUUCUUCAAGACGGUGACAGACGGAGUGAAGCACAUCGGACGCGUCCUGCGGAAUGUGUGGCGUUUUAUCGCCAAUAUCGGGGAGGUCUGUAACGAGGAACUGGAAGUUCCCUAUCUAAAGUGCAGGAAAAUAUUUGACACGGCACGGAAUCAGUGCUUCCAGGUGAUGCCAUUCUUGUCAUUCCUGUGCUACAUUGUGGACGCCUUCAAACCGCUGUGUGGACUGGCUAAAACCGCUACAAUCCUAUGCCUCCUGCCAAAGUAUCUCCAGAAAUAUGUCCGAAAGCAUGUGAAAAACCCCAUCAUCAACAUGCUCCGCAACAUCAAGGACAAGUUUGAGUUUAACGUGACGGUUAUUCACGACUUCGACAUAAACCUGAACUCCAGCAAGAGCAUCAAGCAGGUGGCAGUCGGCAUCAUGAGCGAAGUGCAGAGCACACUGAACCCCUAUCUGGAUGUGCUCAGCAUGUUCAGCUAUUCAAUGACAUUUGUUUGCCUCUUCAUCUACAUCAUGGCCGCUCGGUACCAGCGCAAGUACCUCUAUGAAGAUAACCACGACAAUAUCUACAUAACGCGGUCCUUCAUAGAGCUGGACGUGAUGAGAGCCAAGCAAGGGCGCAGAACCCUCCUGCCCCUUUCCGCCAGAGAGGCCUACAACUUCAUCCUGCCAGGUUCGCUUUACCUGACCAAACGUGAGAGGAAGGGAUAUUCUUUUGACAUUAUCAACGUCUUCCGAAAUGUUCUGGUGGUCGCAUUUAUGAUGGUGAUGGACUUCAUCAUCUACUGGGUGCUGGACAUGGUGUAUUACCUGCUGCAAGCGGACGUGGUUGCCAGAGCUCCGGUGACGUUCUCUGUGCUGAUCAACGGCUCCGGUUAUGCCAGCGAAAUCUUCUCCAAUGUGGUGUCUGCGUUUGACAUCCUUCAGAGAGGGAACUUGACAGUUUUGUCAAAGAAAUGCCUAGUCGCUCCGUCCGCCCCAGACUUUAAAGGAUACAUACUCAUAGGUUCAAUGUAUGGCCUGUGCUUCCUCAUUGCGAUAUUUGGCGUCUACAUACGGAGGCUGCAGCGCGUAAUCUGUGCCUAUUAUUACCCAUCCCGUGAGCAGGAGCGCAUCUGUUUUCUUUACAACAACUUGAUAACCAAACGCACAAACAUUGAGGACUCCUUGAUCAGGAGCGUGAGGAUGAAUGCAGAGGACGGGGGGCACUCUAGCUUCCUGCAGGUCCUGGCGGCAAAACUCCCCGGGUGCCGCUGGUUUGCCCAGCUGUUGGGCACCAAUGAGCAGUACUGCAUGGCAUGUGCCAAGAUAAUCACUGGCAGCGAGGGGCAGGACUGCGUGGCCUGCAUCACCCCAGGCUGUAAAGGGAUGUACUGCAGGGGCUGCUUUGAGAUCCUUGAUAACAUCUGCACAAUUUGUAUGGCUCCACUGGCAUACUCUGAGGCUAUCGAAGAGGAGGUCGACUCCAGUGACGAAGAACAGGUCCACCUCUGGAUCGAUGCCAUGAAAACCAUUAAGGCUGAAGAGAAAGGAAAGAGGAAGAAGCUGAAAGAGGUUGUGAAGGAUCGCAUCAAACAGGUUCUCCGUAGCCAGGGUAGCAGAGCAGCGUUAGGCGAGAAGCUCCUGGAGAAGUAUAAGGAGGAGGUCCGUGGCAGGGAGGAAGAUGAGAGCUCAGGAAUCAGUGAGGUUGAAUCCAGUGAGGACUCUGAAGAUACAGAUUUUGAAUAUCAGAACUCAACAGAGGACACUGACUCUUCAGAUUCUGAGGACCACACGACCCCCCCAUUCACAAAGUGGACAGAAGCACGAAGGAAGAGGGAUCUGGUCACCCCCGCGCGGCAGAGGCCACCCAGGAGGAGAGGACGGCGGGCGGUGAAGAAUGGAGGUGGAAACUAG